CAGGCUGCUGGCUGGCCUCAGAACAGGUGCCCGCGCUGUGGGUCUCGGCCUCGCCAUGCUCCGGCCAGGAGCGCAGUGGCUCCGGGGCCUCGGGUUUCGGAGCUUCCCGCUGCGGGGCUCCCCCAGCGGCCCGCGCUCAGUCUCAAGCACCAAAGGACAGGAAAAAGCACCUUUAUCUCCAGAAACAAGAUGGAAAGACAGAGCAGAGACAGUGAUAAUUGGAGGUGGCUGUGUUGGUGUGAGUCUGGCUUAUCAUCUGGCCAAAGCUGGGAUGAAAGAUGUGGUCCUACUGGAGAAGUCAGAACUGACUGCUGGAUCAACCUGGCAUGCAGCAGGUUUAACAACAUAUUUUCAUCCUGGAAUAAAUUUGAAGAAAAUACAUUAUGAUAGCAUCAAACUUUAUGAAAAACUGGAAGAAGAGACUGGACAGGUGGUGGGAUUUCAUCAGCCAGGUAGUAUCAGAAUUGCUACAACUCCUGUAAGGGUAGAUGAAUUCAAAUAUCAAAUGACUCGAACUGGCUGGCAUGCAACGGAACAGUACAUUAUUGAACCUGAAAAAAUUCAAGAGAUGUUCCCUUUACUCAACAUGAAUAAGAUUUUAGCUGGAUUGUAUAAUCCUGGAGAUGGUCACAUUGAUCCGUAUUCUCUAACUAUGGCCCUCGCUGCUGGAGCUAGGAAAUAUGGUGCCCUUUUAAAAUAUCCUGCACCAGUGACUUCCCUGAAACUCAGGUCAGAUGGAACAUGGGAUGUUGAAACACCACAGGGAUCUAUGAGAGCAAAUAGAAUUGUGAAUGCUGCAGGAUUUUGGGCACGUGAAGUGGGUAAGAUGAUUGGACUAGACCAUCCUCUCAUCCCGGUUCAGCAUCAGUAUGUUGUUACGUCAACUAUACCUGAAGUGAAAGCUUUGAAACGAGAACUUCCUGUGCUGCGUGACCUGGAAGGAUCAUAUUACCUCCGGCAGGAAAGGGAUGGACUUUUGUUUGGUCCAUAUGAAAGUCAGGAAAAAAUGAAAGUUCAGGACUCCUGGGUCACCAAUGGAGUCCCUCCAGGUUUUGGAAAGGAACUCUUUGAGUCUGAUCUAGACCGAAUCAUGGAACAUGUUGAAGCUGCGAUGGAAAUGGUUCCAGUCUUGAAAAGAGCUGAUAUCAUCAAUAUUGUCAAUGGUCCUAUCACUUAUUCUCCUGACAUUCUGCCUAUGGUAGGGCCCCAUCAGGGGGUCAGAAACUACUGGGUGGCUAUCGGCUUUGGAUAUGGCAUAAUCCAUGCUGGUGGAGUAGGGAAAUAUCUUAGUGACUGGAUUUUGCAUGGUGAGCCUCCUUUUGAUCUGAUAGAAUUGGAUCCCAAUCGCUAUGGCAAGUGGACAACAACCAAGUACACUGAGGCCAAAGCAAGAGAAUCAUAUGGAUUCAACAAUAUUGUUGGUUAUCCUAAAGAAGAACGUUUUGCUGGGAGGCCGACUCAGCGAGUCAGUGGGCUUUAUAAAACCCUGGCGUCUAAGUGUUCCAUGGGAUUCCAUGCAGGCUGGGAGCAGCCCCACUGGUUCUAUAGACCAGGCCAGGAUUCUCAAUACAGACCAAGUUUUCGCCGCACAAACUGGUUUGAGCCUGUGGGCUCUGAGUAUAAACAGGUUAUGCAAAAAGUAGGGGUGAUUGACCUGUCACCCUUUGGCAAGUUUAACAUCAAAGGCCAAGACUCCACUAGAUUGUUGGACCAUCUCUUUGCAAAUGUCAUUCCAAAGGUGGGUUUUACAAAUAUAAGUCACAUGUUAACGCAAAACGGUCGUGUGUAUGCUGAGUUAACUGUUUCUCACCAGUCUCCUGGGGAGUUUUUAUUAAUUACUGGUUCUGGAUCAGAACUUCAUGAUCUUAGAUGGAUUGAAGAAGAGACAGCCAAAGGUGGAUAUGAUGUUGAAAUUAGAAAUGUAACUGAUGAGAUUGGGGUUCUUGGAGUUGCAGGGCCAUAUGCAAGAAAGGUCCUGCAGAAACUGACCUCUGAAGAUCUUAGUGAUGAUGUUUUCAAGUUCCUUCAAACCAAGUCUUUAAAGGUUUCCAAUAUUCCUGUCACUGCUAUUAGGAUAUCUUAUACAGGUGAGCUGGGUUGGGAGCUGUACCACAGACGAGAAGAUUCCGUGGCUCUUUAUGAUGCUAUCAUGAAUGCUGGCCAGGAGGAGGGAAUUGACAAUUUUGGAACAUAUGCCAUGAAUGCUUUAAGACUGGAGAAAGCUUUCAGAGCCUGGGGGUCAGAGAUGAAUUGUGAUACAAAUCCCUUGGAAGCUGGACUGGAAUGUUUUGUAAAGCUAAAUAAGCCAGCAGACUUCAUAGGAAAGCAAGCACUGAAACAGAUUAAAGCCAAGGGGCUGAAACGGAGACUGGUCUGCCUCACCUUGGCAACGGACGAUGUUGAUCCAGAGGGAAAUGAAAGCAUCUGGUGUGAUGGCAAGGUGGUUGGCAACACCACAUCUGGAUGCUACAGUUACAGCAUCCAGAAGAGUCUGGCUUUCGCAUAUGUCCCGGUGGAGCUAAGUAAAGUGGGACAACAAGUAGAAGUUGAGCUUUUAGGCAAAAAUUACCCUGCAGUCGUCAUACAAGAACCAUUGGUAUUGACAGAGCCAACCAGGAACCGGCUUCAGAAAAAAGGUGGAAAGAACAAAAUCUGAAAAAGAUCUUCAGCAGUCAACUGAAUUAUGAUUGCUAUAUGCUAUAUUCAGAAUUAUAAUUUAUUUCUGGGGGAAGAGGCAAAAUCAAGAAUUCACUUUGAAAUCUAAACUUAGAAUCAAACUUUUCUCUAUUGUUUUUUAAACAAGAUGGAAUAAUGAAGGAAUUUGAAUGUUUUUAUUGCCCUAUAUUAUUGUUUGUGAAAUUCAAUCAGGAGAAUGUUUAAGUGUUUGCUAAUAUACAAUCAUUAUAACUGAAUUACAGGAGAGUAUAUAAUUUUAAGAA